UAAUAUAUUUUUUUUUGUGUUAAACAUAAUCUUGAGAAAGAAAAGAAAAUUACAAAACAUGGCUUCGAAAAAAAUGUCUGGAAACUCCAAACUGUUGACCUCCUCCAUUCGGGAAAUUGAUACCGAAUUGUUGGAUUUGAUCAAACAAGAAAAGAAACGUCAAGCUCAGGGUUUGGAAAUGAUUGCCAGUGAAAAUUUCACCUCCUUGUCCGUGUUGGAAUGUUUGGGUUCAUGUCUGCACAAUAAAUAUUCUGAAGGUUUACCCGGUAAACGUUACUAUGGUGGCAAUCAAUUCAUUGAUAAAAUCGAAAUUCUGGCCCAAAAACGUGCAUUGGAAGCCUUCAACUUGAAUCCCGAAGAAUGGGGUGUCAAUGUCCAGCCUUAUUCCGGUUCACCAGCCAAUUUUGCUGUCUACACUGGUCUCUUGCAGCCGCAUGAUCGCAUUAUGGGUCUGGACUUGCCCGAUGGUGGUCAUUUGACCCAUGGCUUCAUGACAGCCAAUAAACGUAUUUCGGCCACAUCAAUUUUCUUCGAAUCGAUGCCAUAUAAGGUCGAUGCCUCUACCGGUUUGGUGGAUUACGAUGGCUUGGCUGCCAAUGCCAAACUGUUCAAACCCAAGGUUAUUAUUGCCGGUGUUUCGUGCUAUUCUCGCUGUCUGGACUAUGCCCGCUUCCGUCAGGUGUGCAAUGAUAAUGAUGCCUAUUUGUUUGCCGAUAUGGCUCAUGUUGCUGGUUUGGUUGCGGCUGGUUUGAUUCCAUCACCAUUUGAAUAUGCCGAUGUGGUCAGUACCACCACCCACAAGACGUUGAGAGGUCCACGUGCCGGUGUGAUUUUCUAUCGCAAGGGUGUGCGUAAGGUUAAGCCUAAUGGUGAGAAGAUUAUGUACGAUUUGGAGGAUCGUAUUAAUAAUGCCGUGUUCCCCGGCUUGCAGGGUGGUCCCCACAACAAUGCCAUUGCAGGUAUUGCCACCGCUUUCAAACAAGCCAAAUCUCCCGAAUUCAAGGAAUACCAAACCCAAGUCAUUGCCAAUGCCCGCCGUUUGUGUGAAGGUCUGAUGAAGAAGGGCUAUAACAUUGCCACUGGUGGCACUGAUGUCCAUUUAGUUUUGGUCGAUUUGCGUAAUGUCGGUCUGACCGGCUCUCGUGCUGAAUACGUCUUGGAAGAAGUCAAUAUUGCCUGCAACAAGAACACCGUACCUGGUGAUAAGUCUGCCAUGAACCCAUCCGGCAUUCGUUUGGGUACACCUGCCUUGACCACCCGUGGUUUGGUGGAAACUGACAUCGAUGCUGUUGUUGAAUACAUUGAUGCUGCUCUGAAGAUCUGCGGUGAAGCCAUGAAGGUAUCUGGCCCCAAAUUGGUUGAUUUCCAAAAGACCGUUCACGAAAAUGCCGAAAUUCAAAGCAAGAUUGUUGCUUUGCGCAAUGAAAUUGAGAAAUUCAGUGAGAAAUUCCCUCUGCCUGGUUUUGCAGAUAUUUAA